ACGUGACUUAGUUUUCAUCCGUCAUAUCCGCCGUAGAAACGUGGACAAAAAGAAACAAUUUUUUACACAAAAACAGCAGCCGAAGCCCUACAAACAACAAAAAAACCACGGAAUCACCUUAAGAGACCAAAUGUCGGACAAACGCCGGGCUUUGCCGCCGUGGAUGUCAAAAGAGGACGUGGGGUUGAAAGAGAAGCAGCCCCGAAAGACCACCAAGAAGGAAGCCGCACGGGCUAUUUUAUACUGUAUGAACGAAAAAGAGAUGGUGGAAGCUGCUGUCGCAUGUCUGGGACACCAGAAUGUGGUUCUCCGGUCCGGCCAGCAGAUUGAAAGUAAAAUGGAGGAUGCAGCUGGUAAGAAGUACAGGAAAAUGACUUCUUCGUUAAAGAGAGUGAAGCCGGCCACAGAAGCAAUAGAGGAGGCGUGUGAGAAUGUGUCCUACGUGUCGGAGACAGACUUGGACAUAAGCGAGAUGGACACAUUGCCGUAUGCCACCGAUAACCAGGAGCAGAAGGCGGAUUGUGAGGAUCUGGUGUCACCAGCAGCAGUCGCUUGUCUCAGGAAGAACGGCCUGCAGACAGAAAAGGAACAUUUAACCAACAACCACGACAAGGACGAUGCCAUGCGUCUUGUGCGAGAAAUAUUUUUCAGUAGAUAAUGGACUCAGACACAAUAGUAACGUUUUUACAGCAGAGUAUGUAUUGUUUUCUUACAAGCAUCAACAUGCAGCCCACAUGCAUGCACAAACUGUGAAACUUCAUGGCCACCAAUGCCUGUUUGCAGCGGUUACACAGUUAGAGGCUGGUAACUUUCCAACAUUAUCCCGCCCUCUCCCUGUUCCGACUAAGCAAAAUACGCCCUACAUGAUACACAUGUGCACAGGAAAAUGACGUUAUGCUACAAACGCAGUAUGAUUGAAAACAUUAAUGACUUUAUUGGAAUAUAACAACCUUUGCAUCUGUUUUAAAUCAUUUUUGUCAAAAAAAUGAAAAAAGUUUUCAACUCACACUUUUCACCGAAAGAAAAUCCAAGGGCCACUGCUACCACUGCUGGUGUACGCGGAUGGAAAAAAACAUGUCCAAAACAAAGUCAAAUUUAAACAAAAAUGUGGUAAAUUUAUCAAAAGAGAGCAACUAACAAUUUGUUUUUCCCACUCCAGUUUAAAAAAAAACAUUUGCCCAAAUGUGCCUAAAUCAGUAGUGCCCAUUACGUCAAUCAAGAACUGCCGGUGUCAGUCAAUCGUCAGCUAGGCAUGAAAAAAAUAGACCUGAAAAAUAGCGAUCAUCAAUCUUCAGUAUGACGUCACUUUCAUCACUUGAUUGACAUUCAUGGCACCCGAGGGGUCUUGUGAGAUGACGCUGGCUGCUGCCAGCUCAUUAUUAAGAAAAAAUGACCGACAGGAAGGCGAGAAACACUUUUUAUUUCAACAGACUCGCGCGCCGUACCUGUUGUCAAAACUUUAAAGACCGUCCGCACAGUUCCUGUCUUCACAAUAAAUGCUCUGCUUCAUCCUGCCUGCGCUAACAAAAUAUGAGUCUCAGUAAGCUGGCGUGCACCAUGAAUUGAUUAACGUGGACCCCGACUUAAACAAGUUGAAAAACGUAUUCGGGUGUUACCAUUUAGUGGUCAAUUGUACGGAAUAUGUACUGUACUGUGCAAUCUACUAAUACAAGUUUCAAUCAAUCAAUUAAAGCCCAAGCUAGCAAGUUACUGAGUUUGCCGCCAAUGUAUUUAUUGUAAAGUGUAUAAAAAGGAGUAUGGAAGCUGGACAAGUAAGAUGGCAAAAACCAACCACUUUCAUGAGGUAUUUGACAGAAAGGAGGACUUUUUUUCUCCUCCAUUCAAAAAUUUGGACGUUAUCAGCACCACUGUCUGAUUCCUAUCAAUGCAAGUCGUCAGAAUCAGGUAAUACACCAACUUAUAUUCUUGUCUUCGUGAAAGAAAGGAAUCUAUAUGUGUUAAACAUGCUUGUAUUAUCAUUAAACACCUUUAACUUGUUAACAAAAACGUAUUUCAUAAAUAGAUAAAUAUAAAUGAUAUAUAUGAAUGAGGUAGAUCCCCUCCACUUGGUCAAUUGAAAAGUAGCUUGUCUGGCCCAAAUGAAACAAAAAACCCAAAUAAUGAGAACACACUUAAACUAACCAGAUACAUAUGAAAUUAAGUUCAUCAAUUCAGAGCAAUCCGAACACGAAAUAAGUAAAUAGCUCCAACACUUUUCAUUCUCAAAUAUACACUAGCGUGUGAACA